AUGGCGCGCGACGCAGCAGCAGCAGCGGCUGCGGCUGCUUCUGAUAGAUCCCCCCCGACCUACGCCUCGGACCAGGAAAAGGGCCUCUCCGGCGGCAGCGACGGGCCCAAGGACGUCCUCGCCGCCGCCAUCGGCCCCGUCGGCCGCGGCGUGCCGAGCCGGGACGCCACCCACCGGAAGCUCAAGUCGCGGCACAUUCAGCUCAUUGGCAUCGGCGGCACCAUUGGCACUGCUCUUUAUGUCCAAAUCGGCAAGGGCCUCCUCAAGGGCGGCCCCGCCAGCCUCUUCCUCGCCUUUGCCUUUUGGUGCACCUUCAUCCUCGCCGUCACGCUCUGCAUGGCCGAGAUGGUCACCUACCUGCCCAUCUCGUCGCCCUUUAUCCGCUUCGCCGGCCGCUACGUCGACGAGGCCUUUGGCUUCGCCGCCGGCUGGAACUUCUUCGUCUUCGAGGCCGCCCUGGUGCCCUUUGAGGUGGUGGCCUGCAACCUGAUUCUGCACUUUUGGACCGACGCCAUCCCGACGGCCGCCGUCAUUGUCGUCAUCAUCGUCCUCUACGCCCUCAUCAACGUCCUCGCCGUCCAGUGGUACGGCGAGACCGAGUUCUGGGCCGCCGUCGGCAAGGUGCUGCUCGCCGUCGGCCUCAUCGUCUUCACCUUCAUCGUCAUGCUCGGCGGCAACCCCACGGGGGACCGCUUCGGCUUCCGCUACUGGCGCGAGCCGGGCGCCUUUGCCGAGCUCUACUACGACGGCGCCCUGGGCAAGUGGCUCGGCUUCCUGCAGUGCCUCAUCCAGGCCGCCUUCACCAUCGCCGGCCCCGACUACGUCUCCAUGGCCGCCGGCGAGGCCGAGAACCCGCGCGUCGUCAUGCCCCGCGCCUACAACGCCGUCUUCUACCGCCUGACGGCCUUUUUCGUCCUCGGCGCCCUCUGCGUCGGCAUCCUCGUCCCCUACGACGACAAGGACCUCGCCGCCGCCUUCAAGAACGCCGAGCCCGGCGCCGCCGCCUCGCCCUACGUCGUCGCCAUGAACCGCCUGCGCAUCGGCGUCCUCCCCCACAUCGUCAACGCCAUGGUCCUGACCGCCGCCUUCUCCGCCGGCAACUCGUACGUCUACUGCGCCUCGCGCUCCCUCUACGGCCUGGCCCUCGAGGGCAAGGCCCCCAAGUUCAUGACCACGUGCACCCGCGCCGGCGUCCCCGUCUACUGCGUCGGCUUCGUCCUCUGCUUCGCCCUCCUCGCCUUUUUGCAGCUCCAGAGCAACACGGCCAAGGUCCUCGACUGGUUCGUCUCCCUCGUCACCGCCUCCCAGCUCAUCAACUUCGCCGUCGUCUGCGCCACCUACCUGUUCUGGCACAAGGCCCUGCGCGCCCAGGGCAUCAGCAGGGACUCGCUGCCCUACAAGGCCUGGCUGAUGCCCGCCGCCGCCUGGUACGGGCUCGCCGGCACCUUUGUCAUGGCCUUUGUCGGCGGCUACACCGUGUUCCUACCCCUGCCGGGCUACUGGAACGUGCCCGACUUUUUGUUUGCGUACACCAUGAUCCCCGUCUUCCCAAUCCUGUACUUUGGCUGGAAAAUCGUGCACAAGACGCGCAUCCUCAAGCCGGACGAGGUGGACCUGCUCAAGGACAAGGCCACCAUUGACGAGUACGAGCUCAACUACGUUGCCGCGCCGCCCAAAAACUUGUUUGAAAAGGUUCUAGAUAAGCUGUUUGGCUAG